CUUUGACGUUAAUGAAUAAACAUGAAUUUGUUGCGUAAGAACCAGAAUGACUCGCAAUGCGUGCUACCUAGUAGAGGGAAUGAAAAGCUGCUGGUGCCAAACAGGUUGAUUUGUAAUUAUACGAAAAGGACUACCGGGUCGGAAAUGACGGUCUGCCUGCAGCCACAGAGCCUGCAGGAGCUGGUGAUGGCUGCUGUGGUGACCAAUGUGUGCCAGAGAGUGCGCCAGUUUCUGGCAGGCUUUUCUCAGCAUGGUUAUAUUCUCAAAAGGCUCAUCCCCAAGCGGACUAAGAUGCCUCCAUCAUCACUCAAGCCACUCCAUGAAUUCCUGUACAGCAACCUACCUCCAGUCCUGUGUGCCCAACUUUGUGAAGAGCUGUUGGCAGCAUUUCAGAAUCUGACUCGAGAAGAAGCUGAAGCGGGUGUUGGUAAAAGUGGGUAUGGGGAGGCACGGUGGCAGCUGAUGAAUGAUGUGUUGGAGGCCCUGCUACAUCCCCAGCUAUGGAACCUGAACCUCUCCCUGUGGCCCUCAGCACUUGCAUCCACUUUCUACAGGAAUGUGCGCAAGCUGACUGGUCUGAAGCGACUUGGGCUACAAGGAGCGCUCCGCCCAGAUGCGUGGUUGCCGGAGUGCCUCCCAGGCCUGCGGACGCUAGUGUCUGUGGACCUGCGUGAGAGCGGCUCUGACCUGCUGGUGGCUGCCCUGGCCCAAAACUGCCCAAUGCUCGCAGAGCUCCACUUGGCAUGGGCAGAGGCCGUCACUGACCGGGCAGUGCCUGCGCUGCUGCAAAUGCGGAGCCUGCACUGGCUCGACAUUGGUGAAACUGGCAUCAGCAUCUCUGGUGUUUCUGACCUCAUUAGCGGUCUCCCAUCUCUUUAUGAAAUUUCAGUUGGUGUAGAUCUUCCUCUCGAGCCCAUCAUAAUCUGCCAAUCACAGUGCAGACUGUCUCUGCAACACCUGAAGCUGGUGGAAACAAGACGCUUGGAAGAAGUCCUUGCAAAGACUCCUGAUCUAACCCGUCUGGAGCUGAUCGCUCCUCUCUGCAGCUUAGCACCCCUCUCAACUCUACCGUACCUUACUGACCUGCGCCUCGAUCUGUCACCCCUGCCUCCACAACCGAACGACGCAGUGGAGGCUGUGAGGACAGCGAACCCAGGGCGGCUGCAGCACCUCACACUGGCCGGCUGCACUGCAGUUGACCUGCCUGCCUUGAUGUCUGAGUGUCCACAGCUGCACUCACUCCAUCUGAUGCAUUGCAGUUUCGCAGUCCCUGAACAUAACCAGGAAUGGAUACCAUCAGUGGUGCGGAUGCCCAACCUACAGGAGCUCACGCUGUCCACUCUACAGCAGGUGCAGGUGUGGUUCAUACUGGAACACCUGCUGCCAGCAGCACGGAUGAGCUUGCGCCAUCUUACAGUUGACACAGUCAUGGUUCCAUGCGUAGGGUCACACCGACUUGGUAACCUAUUACUGGCUGCUCCCCUGCCUGCUAUUGAGACACUUGCACUUCGUGGAAAGAUCUUGCUGACUGCUAGCACGCUUCGCCACUUUGCCAAUACAAACCCAAGUCUCAGAUCAUUGGGACGUGUAGAGUUUUGGGAUCGAGUCACCAGUGAAGAUUUGCGUUAUCUGCGAGAAGACCUUUGUGGUGCUAAUAAGCGUCUGACUAUUUUAUAGCUGUAAUUUCAGAAACAAAUUGUUUAUUUUUUAAAAACAGGACUCUUUCUUGUUGGCAUAUAUUUAAUAUCAAUAAAUUUCUGGUGACUAGAUGGUUUUACGUGUGUUGGAAUGUGCCAGUUUUGGAUGGAGAGAGAGGGGAGGGGUGAUUGUUACCAAAAAAUAUGCGACUGGAUUAGCUACAAAGCUUGCAAAUUUUAUUGUGUCAUUGCAUUUUAUUUAUGUACUGAAUGGUGAUUGUCAUUAUUUUUUUACAAGUUUAUCAUAGGAGAAAUGUGUCUUAUGUAUUACAACAGUGAGUAGUACUGAUCUUUUGUGUCAUUCAGACAUGAAGAAGAAAAACAUAAUCAUAAAAGCAAAUGUGAAUAAAUAAAAUACCAUGAAAUAAUUGACUAUGAUAUUGGAAUUGCGAUCGCUACUGAACUUCCUUGCUUUAUACAAAAGAUCUGUUAUCAAUAAGCGUUUAGGAGGAUACAUCCAUAUCAUGUUGGAAAAAAAGUAAGAAGAAUUUAUUUGUUGAGGUGCUCUAUGUUACGUCUUAGGUAAAAAGAAGAUUCAGUAUUAAAUAUGUGCAUUAUAUGCUGAUAAGCUGUAACUAACUAUUUAACUAACAAACAACAAUAAAACCUAUCAAUUGAUGAUGGUGCAUGUUUUCACCAGUACAACAGUGGAAGUAAGUGCUCCUCACUACACUUUGAUAGACAGUUCUAUUGAUCUGUGUAUGAUAGUUCUAUAGAUCCAGGAUAUGCCCUACAGGAAGACUCACUAAUAUAUGAUGUUUUUAAUAAAUGGC